GUGGCGUGUGGUUGGCACUCAGCCCUUCUCUUGGGGCUCCCUGGAGCUCCAUUCACACCAGAGAGGGAGCAGGAGAGAGAGGACAAGAGCAUCCAACAGCCUCGACUCCAGGGAUAUAAGGGCAUCGCCUCCUCCUGUUGAAGGACACUCCCUCUUGAUGGAGAAUGGGAACUCCCUCCCUCCUGCAGCCGCCUGUGUGCAGCCAUCCUGGUAGGACAGGGUGGACGCUGUAGGCUGUUGCAGCUGCCGUCACCCCUGAAAGAAAGUAACCCAGAGCCACAGCAAAGAGAGCCGCAGUCACGGAGAGAGAGCCAGCUUGAGGCUGCCAGGGAGGCAGCUGCAGCGCGGUGACAGUGUCAGACACAGAGCAGGGGACAGCAAGUGGACUUCCUUUCCUCUCGGAGGGAGAGAGGCACAGUCCUCAGCCUGCAAGCUCUUCAGCCUUGAAAGCACCACACCCGGCAGCUGCUGAGCCAUGGCUGAAGGGGAAAUCUUCACGUUCACAGCCCUGACUGAGAAGUUUAAUCUGCCUACAGGGAAUUACAAGAAGCCCAAACUUCUCUACUGCAGCAACGGGGGCCAUUUCCUGAGGAUCCUUCCCGAUGGCACAGUGGACGGGACAAGGGACAAGAGCGACCAGCACAUUCAGCUGCAGCUCAGUGCGGAAAGCGUGGGGGAGGUGUAUAUAAAGAGCACCGAGAGUGGCCAGUACUUGGCCAUGGACUCCGACGGGCUUUUGUACGGCUCACAGACACCAAGUGAGGAAUGUUUGUUCCUGGAAAGGCUGGAGGAAAACCAUUACAACACCUACACGUCCAAGAAGCACGCAGAAAAGAAUUGGUUCGUUGGGCUCAAGAAGAACGGAAGCUGCAAGCGCGGUCCUCGGACUCACUACGGCCAGAAAGCAAUCCUGUUUCUCCCCCUGCCAAUCUCCUCUGAUUAAAGAAAUGGGUUCCGGGUGCUGACCACUCCCGAGGAACCUGAAGGGAUCCUCGCUGGUUGACGCCAGAUGUUCCCUAGACCAUUGAUUGCCUGCGCUAACCCCUGGUCCACACAGCCUGAAUUCGUAGGCAAUGCGCUUCUAAAUGCCCAGUUCACUUUCUUGCAAAGCCCUUUACCCCAGCACAGUUUGGAACAGAGAGACCAAAUUGCUUCUAGGGGCCAACUGGCUUGCCAGUCUGGGUCUGGUUUGGAGGUCCAGGUGCCUCCGGGCACCUGCUGCAGGCUGAGCCUCCCAAUGCAAAUGUGGGGCCAAGAGAAAUGUGUUCAGGGGGCUGCUGAGUGGGUCAUUAGUAACUGCAUACAAUUCCCUCUACUGAGAACACCCUGUCCGCAAUUCCCCAAAACAUCUCGCAUGACCCCCUUUCAUCCUUUCAAUACCCACAAAUAUCAGCAGAGAAGCUACAGCCUGGUUAGAGGGAGGCAGUGGUCCAUGAGUAGAAACAGGGAUGAAGAAAUGCCCUCUCAAUGGAAGGGAUUAAAAUGGCAAGGGAAGAUUUGAUGCUGGCUUAGGAGGAUGGGCUCUCAGUGCGGAAUAAAUGAAGGAUGGGAGGCUCAGCCACAGGGUAAAUGCAGAGCCUUGCGAGUCCUUAUGAUGCUUUGACUUUCCCAAGGUUAUUCGGCAGCAGGAAACCCCUGGGUGAUGUCAGGUGGACGGCACUAGAAGUGGGUCCUUGAUAAAAGCAGGGACAUGAGAUGAUGGUAAACUCAUUUGGGUCCAGGAGUGAUGAGAAAGGAAGGAAAACAUGGGCUGAGGGUUCGUUAUUCCCUACAGAGGAUGAUGCUAGAGAUAAGCAGGAAAGACAAAGAGAUGCCAUGAUAUGUGCUUUUCACCAGAAAGCAGAGGCUUUGGGGUCCCAGGGCAGUCUUAAAAAUCAUAUGGGGCGCUUGUUUGAAUGUAGAUUCAGUGGGUCUAGUUCAGUGGGUCUGGGGUACAGUUUUUACAUUUGUAACAAGCUCCCAGGUGCUGCAGAUGCUGCUGCCGCCCCCCACCACCCUUUAAGUAGAGGUCCUGAAGAAUGUCAGUCAAAUGAAGGUGGCUUAACCCCCAGCCCUCUUGCUCCUCACCCUUAGAAACACUGUACCUUCAGGCAGCAUCGGCGGAGUUACGCCUGUGUUAAGGAGCAUGGAUUCCAGGCGCUUUGGCCCAUUGCCUAUAAAAUGCCCGUUUAGAAGAUAAACAAAAACAUACUUCAAAAACGUUAAACCCUCACAAACAGCUUCUCCCAAGAGACCAUUUGUGUUCCGAUUACUUGUAUAAAUAUGCUUCCUGCUUAAAGUAAACUUGACCCAAGUGGCUGGCAAAUUAGAAACACCAUUCAUCUCUGACAUACGAUACUGUUGCCAUGUAAAGGCCUUUAAUAAGCCAUUUAAAUUUACUGUGAGACUGUAUGUUUUAAUCACAUUUAAAAAUAUAUAGCUUGAAGGCAGUUAAAGUGAUUAGCAUCCAGCCACUGAGAAUGAUAACAAGAUAAGAUGUAUAAGCUACUCAGCUAUCUACUACCUUAUACUACAUUUACCUGUAAAAUUAGAUUUUUCUUUGUUUUCCACUGUGCUUUUUCUUUGAAAUUUUUCUUUGAAAAUGGGGACUCUUAAGCAAUGACAUGAUAAUUGUGGAUAAAAACUGAUGAGUAUUAGCUCACAUUUUAUAAGGAAUUGAAGUAAUUAUUAAUUGAACAACAAUCCCUUAGUAAUAAAACUGUCAUAUUGAGAAUGGAAGAAAAAUGACAAUUUGUGAAAGUUCAAAGUGGGAGUACAAUUGAGGAACUUAACUAAGUUAACACUAUGGUGAAUAACACCAUCCUGCGUUUCUACAACAAAACGAUUCAUAACUUUUUUUGUUUUUGUAACUUGGAUAAGAUGAUUCUAUUUUAUAUUAGUAAAUCUUUACAGGCAAGUUGGGGAUAGUGUAGUGUGGCUUAACUUCUCUUUACUACGAAGAUUUGGCCAGAAAAAGGUACCCAGAGAGGAAAUCCAAGAUAUUUAUAAUGGUCCAUAAUUUUUAGUGUAUGAAUCAAAUUCAAGUAUAACAUUAGCCAAGAAAACUUAAACACUGUUGCUAACAGAUGAGACGGAAGUCUGUGGAUUCAGAAACCCAAAACACUAUAGAAGAAACACUACUGUGACCUUGACACCCUCAGCCCAGUCAUCAUUCGUGUAUUUGUUCAACGAAUAUUUAUUAAGUGCCUACUGUGUGCAAGGCACUGUACUGGGUAUUGGGGCCCCUGAGAACCUUGUCUGUCUGGUUUGCUGCUGUAUUCUCUCCCAGGGCAUUAGAUUUAUGAUGAAAGAUGCUAUGGAUUCAUUUCUUUCAGUCGAGUAAAAACAGACCUCGUAGGUUUCUGCUGAAUAAACAGCAAGUCUCAGAAACCCCGGUUUUGGAAGAAUUAGCAACCUCCAGCAUAAGAUAAACCCCCAUCAAAGUGUCAGAGGAUGUGGCAAAGGUAAACGUAAUGUUUUCAACUGUAGAACCGCUUCAGCUCAGGGGGACCACUUUCAAAUCAGGAAGAGAGCCUGUCAGAUCUGGUAAGAAGGGAGUUGUUGGCAGUUCCCCACUCCGUUUGAAGCAUGCUCUGGUUCCUUAAACACGGAGCAUUCCCGUUGCUCUCUCUCUUCCUUGAGUAUGUCUUGCAGCAUCUGCCUGUCACGUGCCUCUCGUGUGGGUUCAUUUUCAGGCCAACCACUACGAGUUGCCUGACAUUCAGUACAAAGCAUCAGGAGUGUAUAUGCUUUUGAUUGUUUUCAAUGUGCUGGUGGAGGUGGUGGUGAUCUCUUUCCUUGGAAGGGGUGAUAAUAAAGCCUUCUAUGGCCAACAGUGUGUACUUACAGAAACUGUGCUACUCAAGAUCAGGUCCUGCUUUGUGUCAGAGGUGAUUGGAGCCUAAGUCCUCAACCUUGUAAAACAUGACGCCAAUGGGCUGCAAAGCAGAAGACGCCUGUCAUUUUACAUAACUGUCUGUCUCUCUUUUUUUUUUCACUUUACAAGUAUUAAUAAACUUUCCACUAAUAGGUGACAA